AUUGUUUUGUUCUCCGGUUGGCAUAGGGCCUGCACACGGUGGGUAUGUAUUUAUUUAAUUAAAGAGUUGGCCUUGUUCCAAGAAGGACUUUAACCCCUAGCGGCACUAAACAGGUGGCGAUGAAUUGGCCGGGAAGGAAGUCGGUCCUAGGGGUAGUCACAGACCCCCUGGGCUGGGGUCCCCUCCACCUGCCUGCACCUGUAUCACCCCUCAGCUGCUGUCCUGAAAUUUUCCCUCCUGCCCCAUUUUUAAAGCGGUUUAUACCAGAGAGCCGACCAGAAAGGAGAGCUACAAAACCAAACCAGAAAGCCCUGGGAAGCGGUAGGCUUAGGAACAUGGAAAGCUCAACCGUCGGUGGUGGGGCCCGCAGAUCUCUCUGGUUCCCCUCCCUGCCCCAUCUCCAGCUUUUUUGCAGGUCGGUGUCGCGGACUCGCAGAUCCCCAACAGCCCCGAGAGCCGUGAAGGAGCUGGUCCCAGCGGGUCCAGGCUCCUGUUGGCUUGGUGCAAGCCUGUUUGUUAGCUCUGCACGACCAGUUAAUUUUCUCCUGCAUCUUCCGCCCUUGGCGGGUGGCGGGGUGCGGACGGGGUGUGUGGCGGGGCCUCGGGUCGCCUCGGGGGUCGGAGAGCCCGGACAGGAGCGACCAGUCUGCAGAAACCCUUGUUCUAAGAGUCCCCAGCGGUGCCAUAACCUGUUUCUCUCUGCAGCAGCCUCAGAGGGUAAAGGAAGGGCUCGUUGCAGCUCCAUAUGGAAGAAAGGAGAGAAAAAGGGAGAAGAAAGGGGAUUAUACUGGUCAGUAAUUGGACCUCACGGGGGAAGAGAAGAGUGCACGGGGGAGUGCGCCCUACGGGAGGAGUACACGUGCUGGGAAGGGCGGGGGGUGAGAGGCGGGCAGGAGGGGAGGAGUAGGGAGGCGAGAGCAGCGGGCGGGAGGCGCCACGGCCUCGCAGACGCAGGCGCCCGCAGCCGAGAAGCCAGAGAGAAAGUUCCGGCGAGAGCUCGCCCCUGGGAGGGCCGACGUCGAGCCUGCUCGCCGCGAGGGUCUCAGGUCCCGCGCGUCCAGUCAGCCUUCCCGCUGCGCGCACUCGGCCGCCCGGGCUCGGCUCGCCGGGAGCAGGGGAGCAUCGCCGGCUGGCAGCCGGGGCGGCCACCGCCAAACUUGGAGGAGGAGGAUGCUGCGAGUGGGCGCGGCGGCGCGGGGCGCGGGGGCGCACUGAGUGCUCUCACGGCGCUGCUGCCAGACCUGUGGCCGGGCGAGCCGGCCGAAGCGGAGCGGGCAGGUAGCGGCUCUAGCGCCCGGACUGCGCCAGCCCUGCGAGCCCGGGCCGCCAGCGCCACCGUGCCGGCGUCGCCUCCUCACCACGGAGCCAUGGUGCGCGGAGCGCGCACGCCGCGCGCGGGACUCUGAGCUCCGGCCGCGUCGCGCGUCCCCACCUUCCCAAGGGGCUCCCCCGCUGACCUCGCCCUCGGGCCAUGAGGCUUUGACCCGGAGCUCCUCGCCUCUGAGCCGCGCACCGCCUACUUCAGCCCCAGCGCCGCUCGGUCACUGAUUGCACUCUGGCCGCGGAAGCUCCCCAUCCUCUCCCAGGGACGGCACCCAGGCGCUCCGGGAUGGCGCUCCGCAGGACCCUCCGGCCGCUCAAAGUUCGCAGGAGGCGAGAGAUGCUGCCGCAGCAAGUCGGCUUCGUGUGCGCGGUGCUGGCCCUGGUGUGCUGUGCGUCCGGCCUCUUCGGCAGCUUGGGGCACAAAACAGCUUCUGCUAGCAAACGUGUCCUGCCAGACACGUGGAGAAAUAGAAAGUUGAUGGCCCCAGUGAAUGGGACACAGACAGCCAAGAACUGCACAGAUCCUGCAAUUCACGAGUUCCCCACAGACCUGUUCUCCAAUAAGGAGCGACAGCAUGGAGCCGUCCUGCUGCACAUCCUUGGUGCUCUGUAUAUGUUCUAUGCCUUGGCCAUAGUGUGCGAUGACUUCUUUGUUCCGUCUCUAGAGAAGAUCUGUGAGAGACUCCAUCUGAGCGAAGAUGUGGCUGGAGCCACCUUCAUGGCUGCAGGAAGCUCAACGCCAGAGCUGUUUGCAUCUGUUAUUGGGGUGUUCAUCACCCACGGGGACGUCGGGGUGGGCACCAUCGUGGGCUCCGCUGUGUUCAACAUCCUGUGCAUAAUUGGAGUGUGCGGACUGUUUGCUGGCCAGGUGGUCCGUCUAACGUGGUGGGCUGUGUGCCGAGACUCCGUGUACUACACCAUCUCUGUCAUCGUGCUCAUCGUGUUCAUAUAUGAUGAACAAAUUGUGUGGUGGGAAGGCCUGGUGCUCAUCAUCUUGUAUGUGUUUUAUAUUCUGAUCAUGAAGUACAACAUGAAGAUGCAAGCCUUUUUCACAGUCAAACAAAAGAGCAUUGCAAACGGCAACCCAGUCAACAGUGAGCUGGAGGCUGGUAAUGAUUUCUAUGACAGUAGCUAUGAUGACCCUUCCGUGCCAUUGCUGGGGCAAGUGAAGGAGAAGCCUCAGUAUGGCAAGAACCCCGUGGUGAUGGUGGAUGAGAUCAUGAGCUCCAGCCCUCCCAAGUUCACCUUCCCUGAAGCAGGCUUACGAAUCAUGAUCACCAAUAAGUUUGGACCCAGGACCCGACUACGGAUGGCCAGCAGGAUCAUCAUUAAUGAGCGGCAGAGACUGAUCAACUCGGCCAACGGUGUGGGCAGCAAGCCGCUUCAAAACGGGAGACACGAGAACAUUGAGAAUGGGAAUGUUCCUGUGGAAAACGCCGAAGACCCUCAGCAGAAUCAGGAGCAGCAGCCGCCGCCACAGCCACCACCGCCGGAGCCAGAGCCGGUGGAGGCUGCCUUCCUGUCCCCCUUCUCCAUGCCGGAGGCCAGAGGGGACAAGGUCAAGUGGGUGUUCACCUGGCCCCUCAUCUUCCUCCUGUGCGUCACCAUUCCCAACUGCAGCAAGCCCCGCUGGGAGAAGUUCUUCAUGGUCACCUUCAUCACCGCCACGCUGUGGAUCGCUGUGUUCUCCUACAUCAUGGUGUGGUUGGUGACUAUUAUCGGAUACACACUUGGGAUCCCGGAUGUCAUCAUGGGCAUUACUUUCCUGGCAGCAGGGACAAGUGUUCCAGACUGCAUGGCCAGCUUAAUUGUGGCAAGACAAGGCCUUGGGGACAUGGCAGUCUCCAACACCAUAGGAAGCAACGUGUUUGACAUCCUGGUAGGACUUGGCGUACCGUGGGGCCUGCAGACCAUGGUUGUUAAUUAUGGAUCAACAGUGAAGAUCAACAGCCGAGGGCUGGUCUAUUCCGUGGUCCUGUUGCUGGGCUCUGUCGCUCUCACCGUCCUCGGCAUCCACCUAAACAAGUGGCGACUGGACCGGAAGCUGGGUGUCUACGUGCUGGUUCUCUACGCCAUCUUCUUGUGCUUCUCCAUAAUGAUAGAGUUUAACGUCUUUACCUUCGUCAACUUGCCGAUGUGCCGGGAAGACGAUUAGCGCUGGGUCGCGGCCCCUGGGAGCUGAUCUGGACACCCUGUGACACUGGCGUCCUCCUCUCCCCUCCUUCCCCCACCACAGGUCUCUCCUGCAUAGGCAGCCACUGUCCGUUCUUUCACACACUGGAAGGAAGAGCCAUCGUGGUCUUUGUCUAGUCACAGGCCAGGCUGCUGGGCGUCCUCCUCCUCCUUGGAGUUCCGCCCCUGCAAGGCUGGAUUCGGGGGCCAUUAUCUGAGCAGCUUCGAAGACCCCUGAGCUGCCAACCAUGGAGAUGUGCCGAGCAUCUCAUCUCUCCUGCACACUUUAGUCAGAAGGACUUCUGCAUGCAGUUUGUCUUUCUGUUCUGCAGGCAGCCUCAGAAAUGAGGUCAUUUGUGAGCACGAGAUCUCAUAGGGCAGGUGCAAAAUAGGAAUGUUGUUCUCAAGUGUCACCUCCAGCCCAGAGGUGGUUCCUUAGGCAGCAUGUGCUCCUGGGAGCCUCUGACUUUUGCUGGAAGCACCCACAGUUUGGAAGGGGCAAGACCUCAACCUGUUGGGGUUUAGGGCCCAUGAUGGCAGACAUUCUACCCCUUUUCCUGGAAAAACUGGAAGAAUGAAAAUAAUUUUUUUCUGUGGAAGAGAGAAAAUGAGUGAAUAUUCUUCUCACUUUUAUUGAUGCAUUCAGAGAAUAAGCAAUGAAAUAUUAAAAAAUGAAACAUCAUAUAGGUCAUCAUACUUGAAAACUAUCAUUCCAUAUGAAAGGAUCGUGAUACACACCAAAAAAGUAAUGAUCGUAAAGACACAAAUCCUCUGUACGCCAUCUUGCAUUGGCACUGAGGUGUUUGGUUUGGAAUAGGGAAAAAGGUAAGAGACUAACGUGGAAAGGUGCUAACUCAGAGACUGGAGAUUAUAGUUUACAGCUGUACUUUCCAGAUCUUCUAUGUGACACAAUACACCGUCCUUGUGGGUUUGUCAUUUAUUCGUUAAUGCUCUAGUUUCAAAACCACCCUGUUGAAAGUUCCAGUUAUUUAUAUGCCCAACAAAUUUCAUAGCCUGCUGAACUGGACUGAGUGUGUCAGAAGUGCUGGUUAAUGACAAGAAGAGAGAUUGCCUGAAAAACAACAAACUGCUUUCUGGUUAGCCGAAGGCAAGUGUGAAAAUCAUAAUUUAGAAUAUUUAGAGCUAAGCUUCUGGAACCACGUAGUUUACUACACGUGACAGGCCAAGAAUGGGAGGCUGACUCAAAACUAGAUAGAAAAAUAUAAAAUAAUUUUCGACCACUUCAUAGCUCUCAAAUGUAUAUUUAAAAGAUUUAUGAAUACAAACCAUUUAUGGUUUAUGGUUUCUAAACAAGAAAGCACAAUUAAUUUUAUAGAGAGGUUUUUUAUUUUUUUAAUAUUUCUAUUGCAAAAGUCUAUCCGAUUUGAUGCACUUUGAAUAUUGAGAUAUUUUGCACGGAUGAAUGUGUGGGAAUUACCCAUGAUGAGGUAAGAGGAAAGAACAUUUUUUUGUGAUUCACCAGACAUCACUUUAAACUUGGUGAUGAGUUUAAAUCCAGUAGCUAAUCCUUUCCUGAGACUCAAAGAUCGUGACCCUGGUUGGAAUUUCUGACUGUGCUCUUUAGGGCCUCCUGCGUUUCAAAAGGAGGAAGUGUUCGUGCUUGUGUCCCUUAAGUUCCCUGUUGCAUGAGCCUGCGACAGGACCUCACCCCCACCACCAGGCUUCUAUUUGGGAUUCACAUCAGUAUUAGUAUCACGGCUACACCAAGUUCAGGCUUCUCUUUUUGAUUUUUUACCUAGAAAUUGGGCUCAGUGGUCUUCAACUUGAGGACGAGGGUGAUUUUCCUAAGAAAUCAGCAAAGAGGGAAGGCAGGGACCCUGUUGAUUCACCAGUAUAAACUUUAGCUGCAGGGAUUCCAGAGCCCUCGGGACCACUCUGUCCCCUAAAUAGCUAAGUUCUCCUGGUUCCUCUGAUCUUACAGGCUCAUCCAGGUUCCAAAGUGCUUCUGUCUCUGUUUUGAUUCUCCAAACUGCCCUAUGAUGUACCUAGGGAUUAUCCUCCCCACUUAACAGAAAGUAGUGUCUUGGAGAGGUCAAGGGUCUCUAGUUCAAUGGCCAGUCAUAGCAGAAGGGAGGCCAAGCCCCAGUCCAUCACCUCUCCCAGGCCAGCCUCUGUAAGUUGGCCACACUUGGGGAGUGAGUGUGGGUAUGACUUUACCCUCCUGCUUGGUUUUUACUGUUUGAGGCAAAACCUCAUCAAUACAUCAUUGACUCCUAGGUUCCUCAGGUCAUUUCCUAAUAUCCAUCCCUAUCCAAUGCCUCUAUUUUUUCUUGAAAAAAAGACCAAAAAUUACUUUUAGCUAUGACAAGGCACAGGCCACGUGGCCCCGAUGGCGUCCCUGCUGGUUUUCAAUUCUCUGAAGCCUUGUGUAGCUUUCAGAGCACACGUAUCCUAAUUACCCUCCUCUUCCUCAGCAGAACCCAUUUGAGAUUCUAAAUGGAUACUCUUAGUCUCUAAAGUUGCAGUUAGAAACUAAAAUAAUGUUUUUUAAUAUGUAAUAUGCUCCUGUUGGCUAAUUUUCUUUUGACUUUAAUGUGCCAAUGUAACUUCCUUUAAAGGAUCUAUGCAUUUAUUAAAUCUAGAAAACUAUAUGUACACUGUAGGUGGAAAAUUCUCUUUUUUAACUAAAUAUUUUUCCAUCACGAGUUUAAAGAAUUGCAUGAUUAAUUAGGCUUUCAUUUUUAAAUUACGCUUUCAUCACUACGCAGGAUUAUUUUAUUCCCAAAGCUCAUUAGCAUGGGAUAAUUACUCUGCUACAGAAAUAGGCAAUUUAAAAAAAAUGAAUUUAGCUCUUCUCAUUGGGGGCAGAAAAGAAAAAAAAAAAAAAACAUUGCACUCAGAUGGAAAAUCCCUAUAGACACAGGAGCAGGUGGUUCCUGUGGACUUCUGGUUUGGAAUUUUGCCUCACCAGGUCAAGCGUGGUUAGAGUGGAAGGUGUCCAGUAUCUUGAGAACCUGGCCCUGGAGGAAGGUUCUGGGUCAGAUGCAAUGAGAGACUGGUGAUUAAGGGCACUGUGGGCAGGACACAGUCCUCGCCUUACCCACCCCAUCCUUCCUAUUACCCACAGUCUGCUGGCCUUCAUGCCUCUUCCCCUUGUCACCUGUGUCUCCUCCUUAUGCACAGAGCUGGCUGCCUUUAUGAAUUUUCUUUUCUUUUCUUUUCUUUUUUUUUUUGAGAUAGCAUCUCGCUCUGUCACCCAGGCUGGAGUGCAGUGGCGCCAUCUUGGCUCACUGCAACCUCCACCUCCCAGGUUCAAGCAGUUCUCAUGCCUCAGCCUCCCGAGGCUGUAGCUAGGAUUACAGGCGUGCGCUGCCACACCCAGCUGAUUUUUGUAUUUUUAGUAGAGACAGGUUUUCACCAUGUUGGCCAGGCUGGUCUCAAAUUCCUGACCUCAGGUGAUCCACCUGCCUCAGUUUCCCAAAGUGCUGGGAUUACAGGUGUGAGCCACCACGCCCAGCCUGCCCUUGUGAAUUUUCACCUGCUCCUUACCCCUCACCUGUUAGGACUGUUUCUUGCUUUUGCCCUUGUCGGUCCCCUGCCUUAACAGACCCAAGCAGCUGAUAAUGCACCAAGCUUCCCUGACCAGGUGGGGUGUGUGUAUCACCCAAGGGCAGUCCUGCAGACCCUGACCAAAGCCCGUUCCUGGGUGGCCCAGGGUCCAGGUUUCUUCCACCUGCUCUUCCCUGUUAAUGGGGAUUUGCAAGCCUAAUCGCAUCAGCAGGAGCCCAUCUCAGAGAAUCCUGACUCCCCAGGCAGACCGGGAUUUCGGGAAGGGUGUGCGUGGUGUGGUUGCUGGAUACCCGUCUUUCUGCCUGUCCUUUCUCCUCUCUGAAUCCUGGGGCCCCUCUCCCUCCUUAAAGCUGGGGUGGACAGAGGGACAGGAGAGGGACAGGAGAGGAUCAGAGUUUAUCCCCCCUGGGAAAAAGCAAGAGCGAAUGAAUCCCAGUGCCAGCGGCUGAGGCUGCCUUCCGUGCCUUCCCUCCAUGGGAGACGGGCGAGUGGGGCUUGGGAAACUGGAACUGGGAAGGUUCUGGUGCCACACUUUGGAACUUUCCCCCUGGGAUUCAGCAGUUGAGAAGCAGACCUUUCUGCCUUGGGCGAAUGGGUCCUUGGGGGAGGGGUUGGUCUUUUGUCUUGCAUCCCCAUCUUUCUUUUCCUUCCGGGCCGUGCUCCUCCCUGGCUGGAAAAAGGUGGCUGUGCUGUCGCUGUGAUCCACUCUCAGCAGAUGCGUGUGGCUCGAAUAAACAAAGAACUUACCUGUUAGAGUGAAAAUCCUCAGAAGAUUGUACCCAAAUGCCAUGCUUUAAAUAUUCAUGGUCUCUCUAAUGCCCUCCAGACAUGAUUUCCAUGGGAACCAUCCUCCCCUGGGGGCAGUUAGCAGGAGUACGUGGGGCACAUGAGGUGGUCCUCCUCUCAGCAGCUUUAUUGCCACACCCUGCCCAUAGAAACUUCUAGAAAUUUCUGAAAAUGCUCUGUGGGCAGGCAGCUCUUGGGUGGCAGUAAGUCCGUCAACCCCCACCUACCCCUGGGCCUGAAGUGCUGCCCUUGCUCUCUCUUUAUGUGUGUGCACCCAAAGGAUUUCCUGGUCUCUGUAGCUCAUCCUGUGAGCCCCUCAAGCAUGAAGCCUCCCUCGGGGCUUCUCAAAGCAUGGAGAAGGGCCCUUCCUGUCCUUUGGGAAAAUCUUCCCCACUGUGUCAGUUAUAUGGGAACAAGAGUGAGGGAGUCAUUCUCUAGGCCUGUGCCACAGGACAGAGAACGUGGGAUUCUGCUGUUCGCUUUGAGCCACAGCCUUUACUAGCCCGGCUUGUGUGGGGGGCCCCUUCGCCUUGCUGCAAAGAGCUGUUCCCCAAAGGGCAUAUCCACAGGGUACAGGUUUUAAAAAGGCUUUUUUUUUUUUUUUUUUUUUUUGAGACAGGGUCUCGCUCUAUCGCCUAGGCUUGAGUGCAGUGGCGCCAUCUUGGCUCGUUGCAACCUCCACCUCCCGGGUUCAAGUGAUUCUCCCACCUCAGCCUCUCUGGUAGCUGGGACUACAGGCAUGCGCCACCAUGCCCAGCUAAUUUUUGGAUUUUUAGUAGAGAAGGAGUUUCACCAUGCUGGCCAGGCUGGUUUCGAACUCCUGACCUCAAGUGAUCCGCCCACCUGGGCCUCGCAGAGUGCUGAGAUUAAAGGUGUGAGCCACCGUGCCUGGCCAGAAAAAGGCAUUUUGAUUUAGGUUGCUGUAUUUGCUUCUUGAUAAAGAAAACUAAAUUGGGACACUAGUUUUGUGCUCAGCUUUAGGCCGGGUAGCUAAUGGCAGGAUGUCCAGCCUGUCACUGUGCUCCCAACGCAAGGAAAUGGGUGCCCACCCGGAAUCAGGAGAAGAGGCUUUUCUCUCCCAUUCUGCAACCAGGGUGGAGCUAUCUUUCCAGAGAAGCCAGCUGAGAGGUUUUAGGGCUUUGGUUAUUUUAUGGGAGUUUUAAAACUCCUAACUUUUCAAUGACAAAUGGCUCCCAGGUGCCAUCGUUUCUGUUAAAUCUUCAAACAUGCACAAGCACACACUGCCGGGGGCACGGGUUGUCUUUCACCUGCAUGUUUCUAAGGCUCUUUAUUCAAUCUCACGGUGUCAGUGUCCAGUUGUCAAAGUUAUGAAUCUUCCUCUUGCUUCUUAACAGGGCUGACAGUAUACUCUCGUCUAGUCUAGGAUCAUGUCUGCUGCUGGGAUUCCCUGGUACCAGGAUUUGAGGGCCACGGGCGGCAUCUCUGAGAGCUGAAAAUCCACACUGUGCCUGUGGGAAAGUCAAGCCCUUGGCUGUGUGGCUUUUCUAUCCCUUGGAUUUACAGGUCUGAGAAUUGGCUGCUCCUUAGUUAUAACCCCAGUGACAAAUGCCGGCUUAAGCUACACCUAUUCCCACUGUUGCUAGAAUUCAAACAGUUGCUUUUUUUUUUUUUCUUUUUGAGAAAGGGCCUCACUCUGUUGCCCAGGCUGGAGUGCAGUGGCACGAUCUCAGCUCACUGCAAGCUCCGCCUCCCGGGUUCAUGCCAUUCUCCUGCCUCAGCCUCCCGCGUAGCUGGGACUACAGGCACCCGCCACCACGCCCGGCUAAUUUUUUGUAUUUUUGGUAGAGACGGGGUUUCACCGUGUUAGCCAGGAUGGUCUCCAUCUCCUGACCUUGUGAUCCACCCACCUCGGCCUCCGAAGUGCUGGAUUACAAGCGUGAGCCACCGUGCCUGGCCAAGCAGUUGCUUCUUAUGCAACAUGUUGGUUGGGACUUGUCCGUGGACCAGGCCAAUAAAAUUCUUAAUCCUGCAGAGAGUCAGUACCCUCAUCACCCCAUCACUGGAAAACAAAUGUUUUAAGCUAUCAAGAGAGGGAAUGUGCAGCUUUUAGUUUCUAGAUGCGUGGUUUGGUGUGAUCUGGCUUUGUGCCUAAAGGGAAUGUCCCAAACAACAGAGCCUUCUUUGCUGUCACUCCAGAAUUCUCUACACAGAAUUUCCCAAGUCCAUUCAGGACAGACGCGCAGUCCUCUUUCAAUGGAAGAAGAGAGGACUUUCCCCCUCCUGAAAAAUGACUGGAGUGGGAACAAGGCAGCUCUGUUUUUCCAAAUAAGUUGUUCUUGUGAGUUUUUUUCUGGCCUCUGGGCAUCUCCGCCCUCACCUUCAUCCCUGCCCUCUAAGCUGCAGACCCCAUGACCACACUGUCUGCUUCCUUGAGCUUCCUGCACGAAGCUUGGACCUGGGGGCCCUGGAGACCCUGCGGACAGAACUGUGACUGAGCCACUGUGGCCACUCUUGGGGAGCUCCACAGUGGGGGUUGCUGCUCUGUGAGGCUGGGUCUCCCUUUCAGAGCACACACUGCCUGGCAGGGCGCCUCUGCCUGUGUCUCCUGCCCAGCAGCCGCCAGCAGGGAAUAGUUGCUGGUGUCUGAGCACAAAGAGAGCUUUGAUUACCUAGAGGGGAAAAAGGCUGUCAGCCAGAUGCAGCCAGGCCCAGGGGUAGAUGCAGGAGUUGCUAAGGAAGGGUCCAAGCCAGGAGAGGCCAGGCGGAUCCACAAAGCCCAAGGGGAUGCAGGCUGGGUGUGGUUUCUGAGGGAACCUACCAAAUAGUAGGUAGAUGGAAUCAGAGGACUCUUGUGUCCUGAAAGAACCUCCUUAAAAACAACUAAAACCAAGAACUUCUGGGACUGUUCACACAUUGUUCGAGUCACCCCAAGAUCGUUCUGGCACGCUGAGCUGAACACCACCAUCUUUGUUCAUUCUCUCUCUAACGGGCAAAGCAGGAUCAUCGAGGUGAAAAGUUGUAAAUAAUGAGUAUAUUUAUCCCGCUAUUUAUUUUUUCAAUAACUGUGACCUCCUGCACUGUGAAUGCUCUGUGACAUGAGAUUCUUAGUUUAAUAAAACUGUCAUUAAAUUUGAAUGAAUUGAUAUUAUUGGUUACUAAACACUGGCAUGAGUUUAUUUUUAUUGUGAAGAAAAAAAUCUACAGCAAAUCUAAACCUUUCUAAGAAAUCUAGCAGUCAGUAUUGUAAUGCAAUAUAUCAAAAUCUGUACACUGUCAAUAAAAUAAAUGAGCACAACUUGUCUUUCCCUAAA